AUGGGAAACUUGCUUUGUAAGUUUCUUCCCCUGCCCCGCCGCCGUCUCCUGGCAGGCCGUUGUCGCCCGCUGGUCACUCCUGCCUGUGCAGCCGCCCAUCCUGGCCGGGACCACCCUGCUGUUCCUGCACUUGCCCCCUGCCCUGGGCGCAGGCCAUGCCAGCGGCAUCAUAGGGCUUUACCAGCUAGCUUUCACGUGGAGCCAAAGAGGCGGUAUCCGAUCUGUCAGGCCGUGUGUUCCCCUCUGGGCCUCCUCCCCUUAGUGAACUGGAGGGACCCUCCGAAAAAACCUGUGCUGUCUGCUGGUAAAUCCAUGAUGUUCGGACCCUCGAGAACUGUGAGGAUCCCUCCUCCAGGGCGCAAAUGGACUGUCCUGCGUUCACUACCUGAGCCCGUAGUCGAGGCUGUGAAGCCGGUACCAUCCAAUCACCAACCCCCUUCGUGGUCAAAGGGGAUGGAGGAGAAGGUCCAAGAAGUGCCCAGAGAAGGGAUGGAGGAUUUUGUAGAGACCAGAGGACAGGAUGAUGGGAACAGGGCCCCCCAGAGCAGUGGGGAUAUACCGUUGACAUCCAGGCCCCUGGAGACCGGUGGAGUGCUCAGUUCCCACCAAGGCAGCCCUGCACCUGUGGGCCAGUCUCCCAACCCCCCGGGGGACAGCUUGGGGGAAAACACUCAGAUAUCUCUGGUGAGCUCCCCCUCUGAAGGCCCUGUAGUCACCUCCUCACAUGGCCCUGCUGACAAUGUUGUUCCUCUUCGGAAGCCAGAUACAGAUGCAGUAAGGCUCUCUGACCCAACCCCGAGCUGCCCCUUGCUGCAGGAGAGAUUAACAAAGGAAGUGGUGGCUGAAAACCAGCCUAUCCAGAGCGUACCACACUUACCAGGGAAGGAGACAGAGGGUGAUAAGCCUUCAGGCAUCUCAUCAAAGUACUCUUUUCCACCAGUAUCUGCCACCAGUAGGCCCUGCAAAAGGAAAAUAUCCAUGCCGCUUUUUGUGCCUCUGCCAUCACCAUUACCACUGCAGUGGGGUAGAGGAGAGUUGCCCCCACCUCCUAAGCUUCCUUGCAUAGUUAUUGACAAAAACCUGGGCACCUUGAAGAAUACCAAGAGUCAGAGGAAUAAGGUCUUGGAGGAUGGAACAGAGAUCCUGGCAGGCUGCUGGGCCACUCAACCUGCCCCUUCGUCUUCCCUGCCGCCGGCCACUCACACUUUCCAAGUCCCUGUUCCUACUCCUGACUUGGCUGACCUAUCUGCCAGGCCCCCAAUCCCGUCUGUUCCUCCAUCUUCCCCAACAGAAAAUACUGAUCAGGAAACUGAUCCUAACUCUCCUCCUCUUAGUUCCAGUCCCACUGGGAAAAUUCCACUUAAGAAUGGAGACCCUCUGCAUCCAGUUAUCGCUGUAACACCUAUUUCUGACCACUCCACAUCUCCUAACACCUCAACCUUCUCAUUACAGCCGCCCUCCUGCAAAGGAGAAUCCCUGACCCCUAUGUGUGUAGAUUCUCCGCCUCUUCCAGUCUCUUCCCCAGAUAGCCCUGUUUUUGUUCAGGCUAUCACUUCAAAGGCAGUUCCUUCUGCCAUCACAGCCAAGUCAUCUGCAAAUUUGACGUCUGAUGGUCCUUCAGGUUCGGAUGUCAUUGACAUGGACACUACUCCUCCUUCUUAUGCUAUCAUUUUCAGAUCUCCCCCAGGCCCCGGGGUAAGCUCUCCUUCAUCACCCCAGGGCCAUUGCAGUAGCAAUCAGACACAGACUGCAAAGGUUCCAGUCUCCACCAGCUCAACAACUGGGGCCGCCUGCCCCACCCCAGUUCUUAAUCAACCCUUCAGCCUCAUCAUCACCUCUCAGCCCACACAUGGGACCCUUGCUGGGCAACAUCAGACAAUGUUGGUAUUUUCCACUGGCUCAUCCAUCAUGAGUUCUGGAAUCACCACCACUGCAGUAGGCAACACCUCUGCAAACUAUAACCCUCACUCUGACCCUGAUGCUAUGGAUACCACACCUCCUUCACAGGCCGUUAUCUUUCAGUCUCCCCCUCAGUCCGGGGCAAGCCAGUUCCCCUUCUACAAUGCACUUCCUGGUUCUGACAACACACCACCCAGUAGCAGCACUGCCGUGGCCCAUAACUCUACCCAUUUACCUGCACAGUCAGCCAUCACACAGACCUCAAUUUCUAACUACUCUGCCCCAGGAAUCACCUCUCAGCCCACAUUUGGGAACCAGAAUGGGCAGCAGGCUGGCAAUUCCUACCUGUUGGGAAACCAAGUAGCCCCAACACAAGCUAUAGGCCCAACCACUCCUGUAGCCCAGCUACCCAAAGACAGCAUAAUGCAAUCAGGUCUUGUAGGCUCUGCAGUUGCCACUGGGAUGCCCAGUGCUGGGGUCAGUAGCUCACUGCUUAUACCUACUACUCCGGGCCCACCUGUGUUUAUGGGAACUGCAGCCCCCAUGGACGGUGGGAGCUUUGGAUUUGGGGUGUCCGUCCCGGGUCCCACUCACUCACAGGCAUCUGGAGCACUCAACUAUGGGGCAGGACAGAAGGGGGCACCCAGCACCACUUCCACUCCUCUUUUUGGUCCAUCUCAAUACAACAUGGCUGCAGCUGUAGGAGGGGCAAGUACUGUCCCAGUAUUUGGAAACAUGGCCUGUUCCACUUUAAAUCCAGGCACCUGGGGCCAGCCCAUCCAAAACACGGGUGGUGCGGUACUGGGAAAAGACAGCACUGUUCCCACCUUUGGAGGCUCUAGCGUGCCCACUACCCAUAAGCAUACCCAGGGCUCAUCCAAACAAAGAAAACCUGCUCCAGGUGGGAGAGCCACCACCAAGGAGAAGAGAAAUGUGUCAAGAGACGUGUCUGCUUUCCCCUUAAAUCCGAGCACCAAGGGCGGACCCACCAAGAAAACAGGUGGUGCGGUACUGGGAAAAGACAGCACUGUUCCCACCGUUGGAGACUCUAGCAUGCCCAGGACCCAUAAGCGUACCCAGGGCUCAUCCAAACAAACAAAACCUGCUCCAGGUGGGGGAACCACCACCACGGUGAAGAGACGUUUGUCAAGAGACAUGUGUGUCUCCCCCUUAAAUCUGAGCACCGGGGGCCAAUCCACCCAAAACAUGGGUGGUGCAAUACUGGGAAAGAACAAUGCUAUUCCCACCGUUGGAGGCUCUAGCAUGCCCACUACCCAUAAGCAUACCCAGGGCUCAUCCAAACAAAGAAAAACUGCUCCAGGUGGGGGAACCACCACCACAGUGAAGAGAGUUUUGUCAAGAGACAUGUGUGUCUCCCCUUUACGGAACACCUGGGGCUCACCAGGCCACACGACCUCUGUUGUAGUUUCAAGGACCAGCAGCAACUGUAUCCAUCAACCCACUUUUAGUUCUCACCUCUCUCCAAGCACCUCGGGCCCACCUGCCCAGCAUACAGAUGGUGUGAAGAAAAGGAACAUCAUCACUCCCAAGACCAGAAAACCUCGUAUUCCUGCUUUACAUCAGCGUAACAGUGGCCCACAUGAUACAAACAGAGCUGGUACAGGUGGAGAAGGUACCGCAUCUAUGAUGGUAGGCCUCUCUGUCACCAGGUGCCAUCAGAAUACUUGGAGCCUACCUAGCACUAACAUAGGUGGUGCUAUGGGGAUCAGCACCACAUCUACUAUGACUGGAAACACUAAUGGUCCCCCAUACACACAGACCACAUGGAGCACCCCCAACCAUGGCACUGAUGGUUCAAUGGGGGAUAGUGCCAUGGAAUUUUAG